UCCGUGCCGUCAAACGUCCAGGCAGUUUCUCGGAAAGUGGACGUGUUACGUCAAAAACCAUUGCGAUUUGUUUAUUUGACUCGAAAAUAAAGUCGCAAGUGGACGCGAAUUGUUCGUGACGGUUUACUGACGACGCGAUCGAUCGAGCAAAAGUAGUACGUCGCGAGUACCGUCCGCCGGAAGUGUAAAAUCCGCCGUCGGGAAUGACCUCUGUGCCCAACCCCUCCGAUAAUUUUCGCGUGUUCUUUGUAUUCCGAUUAUUUGCUAGGAUGAAGUUUCGGGUAUGAAAAACGGGCGGUAAAGUGGCAACUUAUACAUCGAACCGCCUCGAAGCAGCUCGCGUUUCGGAGCCCUCGCUUAAUUUUAGGUGCCCUGAACCGAGAGCCGCGGUUUAAGCAAAAUGAACAAAGAUGAAUUCGAUUUGUUUCCCCACCUGAGGCAAUACCGGAACAAUAGCGCGCUGGACUUGCUCAGGGGCCUCGAAGACAGGGAGUACGGCACUUACAAAAGGAACGCCAAGUCCAGGGAGAAUGUCGAGCUCUAUGCCGAAGAGCGGCUCGUCCAAAAACAAAAUCUCGACGAGAUGCGGUGCGAGAUGCCCGGGAUGCCGAGGUCCACUUUUCUUAUGGUGUUUAGUCCGGACGGGCAGAGGGCCGCCUCCACCCACGGCAACCACAACAUCUACGUGACCGAUUUGAGGAAUGGGAAGAACAUCAAAACCCUUGUGGGCCAUCCCCGCACCCCCUGGUGCAUAGCUUUCCAUCCCACGUCCGACCAGAUCGUCGCGUCCGGGUGUCUCGGGGGCCAAGUCAGGAUUUGGGAUUUAAGCGGGGGCAGCGAGGUGUGGACGUCGUCGGGCCAAUCGGUCAUCGCUUCGAUCGCUUUCCACCCGAACGAUCGUAUCCUGGUCAUAGCGACGUUCAACGAGGUGUAUUUCUGGGACUGGAGCCAGCCGGAACCUUUCGUCAGUACCGCGACGAAUAACCCCAAAGAGAAGGUUAGGUACGUCGCGUUCGAUAAACUCGGCCACAAACUAAUCACGGGUAUUGCCAACGGACCGCAGACCAGAUGGGAAAGGGUGAGGGCCCCCGUCCCAGUACCGAGACAGGAACGGUGCGCCAGCACCUACAGGAGGCGGAUCAUCCAGAGGCUGGUGACCUCCGUCAACCCGCCGAGUCCGCAGCAGGCCUCCAGCCAGGAGAUUAACCCGCCCGAAAGGGAAGCUUCAUCUGGCGUGCCUGAACGGGAACGUCGCAUAAUGCUCUCCUACAGGAACCUGGUCAGGGAGUACGAGCAGCUAGUGCAUCGAUACCUCCAGCUGUACAGGCCGCCCACCAUGAUCGACCGUGGUACCGACCCGAUGGAACCCAACCCGUCGAGCAGCAGCGGUACCCAGACCCCGGAGCCGGGCCCUAGCGGCGUCGGACGUGUCUCGGUCGACGUCGACGACGCCGCUCCCGGGCCGUCGACGUCGCAAGGCGUCAUCACGCCGAGCCGCAUGCUGCACGUCAUCAAGAAACCGACGACGCUGAUCCGCGGUACCCAAACCGCCUCCGAGUCGCGGAAACACAAAGCCGACGGGGGCGAGGAGGGUGAGAACGAGAAGAGGUUCAAGAGGGGCGACGACCAAUCGUCGCAGACGUGUCCCGAGCCCGAGGGGCGGGGCCUCGAACACGCGGACGCGGCCGAGAACCGGGUGCUCGUCGUCAAUCUGGAGAGGUUAAGCCCGCCUCCGGCGCCCGCCCCCGGCUACACCAACGACGACGACCGGUUCGUGCCGGUACCGGCGAGUCUCCUGGACCACCCGCUAGAGGACUGGGACGGAACGUCGCGAGGUGAAGGGCCUCUCGAUGUGGCCCCGCCCACUAGGGAGGGGACGCCGCAGCAGCAGGCCAACCGUUACAGGCAGCGGUUCAGCGAGUACGUGCGCAGGAGUCGGCAGCGUAUCGCCUAUAUCCGGAGGCGGUACCAGAACAUCAUCGACAACGAUGACGCCUCGAGGGAGGAGGACGUCAGCGAAGGGGGCGGCCCCGCGUCGUCCGCCGUCGAGAGGAACGACGCGUCGUCGUCGGUGUCGUCCACGUCGGCGUCGAACCAGAACCAUCAUCAGCAGAACGUAGACGAUCUGCUCUCGACCAUCAGGAGGACGGCGGAGGAGGAGGUGCGCAGCCGCAUAUUGCCCAUCAUCAGGUCGGUGCCGGUGCACGACAGGCCCGAACUGAUCAGAUUGUUCGAGACGAGUCGCGAACACGUGCGCAUGAGGUUCCGUCAGAUGUGUCCCGUGUACCUCAAACGUAACGGGGGGCGGCGCCACCCGCGCGUCGACACCUCCACCGAUACGAGCAGCUCCGACGACGACGACGACGCUCGGCGUCCAAAUGCGACGUCGUCGCCCGCCAGAACGACGGCGCGACGCAAUUCCGACCCUUCGGUGCCGAGCUCGGCCGGAACCGUCCCUGCUGCCGCCUCCACGUCGAACGUCAGAAAUUUCAACACGGAACUAGAACAGCUGGUGACGUCGUUGCUGACGGAGAUCGAGAGGAACGACGACGACGCCGAGACGACGACCAACGACGUCGCCCCCGCGAUCCCCCCGUCGUCAUCGGCGAGGACGAGGCCUUCGCAUUUCCCGUCGUACGCGGACGAUGGCGGGGCACCACCCCCGCCUCCGGCAUUCAUCAACACCAACACCAGGACGACAAAUUCGACGAUCUACACCACGCCGAGCGCGAAUCCUGCACGGAGGCGGUUCUUUUUGCACCGCGUGUCCGCCUUCAUGCCCACGCGCGUCAAUUACACCGGAGGGGGCGGUUCGGCGAGGAGUCUCGCCUCCAGGUACCGGAGGACGCCGCACUAUCCGUGGACCGGCGCCAGAUCCGGGGCGGCACAGGGUUUCGGGCUGCCGCCGCGCGGCGCUCUCGAUCCCGCCUCCACGUUCUCCCUCGACGAGCUGAUCAAUUACGCGGAACGCGAGAACUCGGAGGACGACCCGCCGCCUCCUCCUCUCCCGCCGCCGCCGCCCGCUCCCCUUCUGCUCGAUCAGCCGUUCGACGCGCCCGUCGCCGACAACUUCGGCAUCGGCACCAUGUACUCGAACAUCAUUCGGGACCUGCAGUCGAGCCUCAUCGACGUCCGCCACAUCGGCGUCCAACCGGACCGCACGUCGGACGUGCUGAGCAGUUUCUCCGAACGCCUCGAGAACGUCAUGAACCAGUCGGACACGAUCCUGCAGAACCUGCGCAGCUUCAUGGAGAUGCUGCCGGCGGCGGCGGCGACGACGACCCCCGACGAACCCCGAUGGAACCUCAACGACGCGGCGGGAUUUUAUGUGCGCGACUUGCGCGCCGCCGGCGCCGACGCCCCCCACCCUCCUCCCGGGCUGUUCGCGACGCUGAACGCCGUCACCGCCGACCACACUUACCCGCGCAGCGCGUCCGGCGACGCGUCCGAGAUGUCGCCGCUGAUGACGUCCCUACACCUGACCAUAUCGUACAUCCAGAGGCAGGCGAGGCUGCUGCGACGCCAAGUGGAGAGCAUCGAGAGGAUCGAUCGCGCCAUGGUGGAGGUGGCGCAGCUGCAGCUGAUGCGGCAGCUGAUAAUCGACCUGGUACGUCAUAUCCGGAACCUGUGCGGCGACAAUCGGAGUCCGGGCGUGAGCAGCGUCAGACAGAUGAUGGCGGGCACGAGGAUCAGUGACUCGAGCCCCUACGACUCGCCGAGCGAGGAGGGGGCGGGGCCGAGCUCGGACGCCGUCGCGGGCCCGAGCGAGGAGCGGCCGCAGCAGCCGCCGCCGCCCCCGCCUCCCCCGCCGAGGACGUCGAACCGCAAGACGUACCCGCCGUCGCGCCUGUCCAGGCCGACGCAUUACCAGCUUCGGCCGUCGAUGGUCCAUUGGUUCUCGAGACGCUACUCGAACAGGCUGACGCGCCAGAACGCGCACGCGCGCCUCAACGGCAGCGGGGGCAGGCGCGGGGCGCAGCCCCAGGCCCACUACGCCAACGUCAACCCGUCUUCGCUCGCGCUCAUGACGAUCCGCCUCGAGCGGCUGAUGAGCGAGCAGGUGCGAGCGUUCACGCGACCUCGCGACGCCCCGCCCAUCGCCCGUUCGACGACCGCCGUCGACCUCGGCGAGCACAUCCUUUCGCUGCGCCUCCACGGUUGCCUGUUCCGCAUGAACCGCGUGUUGGGCGUCGACACUGACCCCCUGCGUUCGGACGCGACGGCCGCCGUGACGCAGGACGGCGCCUCGCGCUACGACGUCCGCCACUCGCUCAGCCUCGUCCUCGACAGCAUGAGCCGUCACGUCGAGGAGAUCGGCAACGUCGCUAUUCCGCAAAACAUGCGUCACCGGAUCCACGGCGUCCUCGCGAUGUCGCUCCUGCUCACCGAACUCCUGCUGCUGCAGGUGGCCGACUCGAUACCGCCGGCGCCUGCGCGCGUUAACCUCGAACCUGAAUCGCUCACCGACCGCAUCAAUCAGAUGUGCACGCGGAUCCUGCACCGUCUGAGGGGCAACAGGCCCCGCCUCACGCGGAACUGGCGCCUGAUGAUGGUCAGGAUGAGGCACGCGUACCGCGCCCUCGACGAGACGUACAACGAGAGGCGGAGCGCGAUGCUGCCGCGUCAGGACACGGACAGGAGACAGUUGCUCGGCUCGAUCAACCUCUGCCUGAGGACGAUCCGACGUCGUUACAUCUUCGACGGAUCGAACGACGACGCGGACGAAGACGAGGAGGCGGAGCCCGCGGGCGACAGGGACGCGUGGUUCGGCGCGAUCAACGACCUCAUCGCGCGCUACUCGGACGAAGACCAGAACGGCAGACCGUCGACGUCGUCUACGGCGGAGAGGCCGCCACCGGGCGCCCCCGAUCACCAAGCGUCGAGCAACAACGACAACAGCGACGGCGACGACGCCACCGAUUCGGAAUGGUGGUACAGGAACAGUGGCAGCCCGUACAGCAGCGCAGGCCUCUACCGCACGAACAACGUGAACCUGGUGCAGGCGAACGAAACGGCUUCGACGUCGUCGUCGUCAUCGUCGAGUCAGGCGCGUCCGUGGAACGUCCCUACCGUCCAGGUCAACGACGUACCGGUUCCGGAACCUUCUCUCUCGUUUCCGUCGCAACACCAGCAGAGAUCGUCCGCGUUCAGCCGUCAGAGGUUCGCCGAACGCGUUUCGGAACUGAGAUCGAACGCACGUCUCGGCCUCUUCAGGCCUCGCUUCCUGCACCCUCUCUACGCGAGCGUGAACCCGUUCGACGCUGAUCUCGAUGACCCGCAACGUGAGGCGAUCUACGACAGCGACAUGAUCACCACCGUCACCCCCAAUCACAGGAUCCAGGCGUGGGACAUUUCGAAUUGGUCCGUCCCCGCCAUCGGCAACUCCCUUAAGAACGUCAUCGUCAGCGAGUGCAAGAUCCACAACGACGCGAGCGUAGACAUCGCUCGCGACGGCACCAUCUUGGUGACGUUGCUGCCUUCGGGCGGUUACCUGAACGUCACCAACCGAUUGGGCGUCUACAGUCUGAGGUGGGAGACUCUGGGCCAGUGCUUGUACACCACGAGUUUCGAACAGAACGCGGUCUCGGUAUCGCUGUCGCCGCUCAGCAGGCACCUGGUGGUGGGGUUCGCAUCUCGACGCGUCGCUAUCGUGCCCAGCGACCGGUGGGUGAUGGCGCGCGUCUACAAGAUCGAACAGAAGGACGUGCCUGGCGAUCGUUUGCCCUCGCUGAGGGAGCUCGAGCAGAGCCGCGAGAGCCGCAUCAACUGCAUAAGAUGGCUGCCGACCUCCGGUCAGGGCCUGAUCUACGCGACCAACACCGGCCAGCUGGUCAUACUCUCUUAAAAAGGGGGGGCGGGGCCUUCGCGGACACUUCGCGAUCCGUUUGCCGCCAUUAUUUAUUACCGCUACUACUAAUAUUGUCUUUAUUAUUAUUAUUAUUAUGAUUUUAUCGGUCGCAAUAACCGAAUAUUUUAUGGGCGGCCGCCGCCGGUUAAAUAUACGAGGUGUUUUGGAAAUACGUCAAGGAAAAAUGGCGACACUGAUAUAUACCUCGUUUGAGAAGCUUCGAACACCGGAAAACUUUUCCGAACACUCGAAAACGCGAGAAAAACUGAGAAAUUUGACGGCUUAUUCACACAACACCCCGUAUAUUUUUAACGUUAUUUUCGAGUAAGCAUGGUGAUAUUUUUCUAGUGAUAUUAAGUAUAAUAGCGACGUGAGUUUCUUUUUUAAUUUUUCGCGCGACGUCGGGCCGAAACUCCCUGUGGCGAAAUUACCUUCCCCCCCCACACCACAAAAAAAAGUAAACUUUGUAUUCGACACGUUUAUUUAAAUAAAGCGAGGUUUAUAUUUU